AUGGCUACCGCAUUCGCGCCCUGCCACGUGAGUCAGAACUGCCACCUGGAGUGUGAGGCCGCCAUCAACAACCAGGUCAACUUGGAGCUGCACGCUUCCUACGUGUACAUGUCCAUGGCCUGCUACUUCGACCGUGGAGACGCGGCCUUGAAGCACUUCAGCCUGUUCUUCCUUCGGCAGUCAAAGAAGGAGGUGGAGCUUGCAGAUUACCUGUUGGGGCUGCAGAACCGGCGUGCUGGCAACCCCCGCCUGUGGAACAUCCCCAGGCCUGAGGAAGAGAACUGGGAGAAUGGCCUGAGGGUCAUGGAGCGCGCCUUGCACCUGGCGAAAGGAGUCCACCAGAGCCUGCUGAAUCUGUACCAGCUGGUCACUGAGAAGCAUGGCAAGGUCUUCCACUUCCUGGAGUGUGACUACCUGCGUGAACAAGCCAUGUUCAUCCAAGAGUUGGGGGAGCACAUCACCAACCUGCGCAAGCUGGGGACCCCGGAAGAUAGCCUGGCAGAGUCCCUCUUUGACAAGCUUACUCUGAAGGACAGCAAGAACUGA